GCACAGGCUGAUCCCACCCGGCAUAUGAUCUGGGCUCCAUGUCAGCCAGGGCAGGCAGCACCAACUUGCCAGAGCGCUGCGCGUAGCCAGAGCGAUGACCUUAACAAAAGAGAGUUUCCACGGGGCUCUUCCACCCGCUUCUGAGGUGACCAAGGCUGACAUGGACAGCACCAGAGAGAAGGAGGAGGCUCUGCUGCAGUCUGUGACGACAUCUGGAGCAGUGGUGCCAAGGAAGCGAGCGGUGGGAAGGCUGGUCAUGCACAGCAUGGCGAUGUUCGGCCGGGAGUUCUGCUAUGCCGUGGAGGCCGCCUUUGUCACGCCGGUACUGCUCAGUGUAGGGCUGCCCAAGAACCUCUACAGCCUGGUGUGGCUCAUCAGCCCUAUCCUGGGCUUCGUGCUGCAGCCCGUGGUAGGUUCAGCCAGUGAUCACUGCACCUGUAGCUGGGGCAGGAGGCGACCUUACAUUCUGGGUCUGGGCAUCAUAAUGCUGUUAGGCAUGGCUUUGUACCUCAAUGGGGACGUGAUGAUCUCAGCUUUCAUCGGUGAGAGAGACAAUCGGCGGACAUGGGCAAUAGUCAUUACCAUGCUGGGAGUAGUGCUUUUUGAUUUUGCAGCUGAUUUUAUUGAUGGUCCCAUCAAAGCAUAUUUAUUUGAUGUCUGCUCUCAUCAGGAUAAAGAGAAGGGUCUGCAUUACCACGCUCUCUUUACAGGUUUGGGAGGAGCCCUGGGCUACCUGACAGGUGCUAUGGACUGGGGUCAAACUGUACUAGGAUAUUCCUUGGCAUCGGAGUUCCAGGUGAUUUUCUUCUUCGCAGCCUUGGUUUUCCUAGUCUGUCUUACCGUACAUCUGCACAGUAUUCCUGAAGUUCCACUCAGAUACAAAAAUGAAGAGACAAAGAUCUUGUUGGAAGUGACUGAAUCCUAUAAAUAUAGCUCCAUAGAGGAGGAAAUCAAGAAUGGCUACUUAAAAUCAACAUGUACUGAAAUAAAGGCUGCAGCUAAACCAGGGAAAUGCGCUGUUAUGUCACAUACAGAGGAUCAAAGGCGGAUGACCCUUAAAUCACUCUUGAAGACCCUUUUAAGCAUGCCAUCCCACUAUCGCUAUCUGUGUGUGAGCCACCUCUUUGGAUGGAUGGCUUUCCUGUCCAACAUGCUCUUCUUCACGGAUUUCAUGGGACAGGUUGUAUACCAGGGUAGUCCUUAUGCACCUCAUAACUCCACACUUUACCUCACUUACAAAACAGGAGUAGAGGUGGGAUGCUGGGGGCUGUGCAUCAAUGCAAUUUCUUCAUCAGCCUAUUCUUACCUGCAGAAAAUCCUUCUGCCGUACAUAGGAUUAAAGGGACUUUAUUUCAUUGGAUACCUACUUUUUGGAUUGGGUACUGGAUUAAUUGGCUUGUUUCCUAAUGUCUAUUCCACUCUGGCUCUAUGUUCCCUCUUUGGUGUCAUGUCCAGCACACUGUACACAGUGCCAUUCCACCUCAUUGCAGAGUAUCACAGGGAAGAAGAGAGCCUGAAGCUGCAGGAUGGGGAACAAGCUGGUGAGCACGGGCGAGGGAAAGGCAUUGACUGUGCUGCUCUCACCUGCAUGGUCCAGCUGGCCCAGAUCAUUCUCGGUGUGGGCCUGGGGCUCUUGGUUAGUGUUGCUGGCAGUGCCGUCACUGUGAUUUCGGCAUCUACAGUGGCACUGAUCGGCUGCUGCUUUGUUGCUUUUUGUGUUCGAUAUGUGGAGUAGGACUGUGUGAAGUGGUUGGAAGAAAUCUCACCAGGGGAUCAUUUUCUUUCUGAGUCAGUAGCACUGGUGCUGCUGCCGUGCUGACGCUGCUGGCAUGUCCUCCUCUCUUACCUCCUCGGUGCAGUUGCAAUUCCAGAGCUUUACGAAAGGGAGACUUGAUAAAACUGGUUGCCUAAUGCCUCAGAUUGAAAGCUUCUAUAUUUUGACUGCUUUAUUACUUCAUUCCUGCUGACCUCAGUGUAUUAACACGCUAUUACACAUGAUGAUGUGUAUGCCCGUGGUAUCUUGAUGCCCUACACUAGGAGUCAUUACGAAACUCCUCAUUACCAAUUUGUGGAAGUUAAUAGACGAAGUAUGUGAUAAAUUGAAGAAGAAAUAAAAACAGACAGAGUUAGGAAGAAGGUUGUUCUUUGCCUUGUUUUUCAAAUAUCUUAAGUUUGGGGCUAUUCCCUCUGGUAGUCAAAAGCUGCAGGAGGAUCAAACAGGUGUCAGAGGCCAUGCGGGGUGCAAUUGUGUUAUGACUAGUAGUACUGUUAAAUUGGAUCAGUUAAUUCCCAGCUACACUCAAAAGCAGAUUUGGGUGUGAAAGAUGAUUGGAAUAUAAAAAAGAUUGAAGCCUAUUGUUUAAAAGCAUAACUGUAAAGUAAUUAUUUUAUACUGGAUCCUGCUUCUUCUGCAUGAAUGAAAUUAAAGUACUGACUGAGCUUGUCAUGAAAGUCUGCCUAAGGCUGCUCUGCAAAUCCAUGUGUAGGCACCUAAACAAUCCGUCUAUGGGAAACAGCUGCCAUUUCUUCCUUCUUAAAAAGCUGGCCUCUUUGAUACUGUAACUGAAAAAACAAACUUCACCACAACAAGAAUUUUAUGAAUGGUUGUAAGCCACUUAAAUUUUGACAUUGGAUAUGACAGUAUUUAGCUUAAAGAAGCAUCUCU